UAGUGAGCGCAGGUUGGGGACAGCUGCUCGUAUCUGAGUCGACUUUACUAUAUAUGGGCAAAGCCAAGCAAACCUUGUGCGGCGUUGGCUUCCGUGUUGUGCGAUUAGGCGAGUCUAGACCAGCCGGUGGCAGGGACGGAAGGAUACGAGAGGCUUGGUUUUCCAUUCAUUCGGAGAGAUUGACACCAUACAAACAAAAAUGGACCACGAAUUAAAACGAGUGUUUGCCAGUCUCCCUCAGAUGGAGAGAGGCGUUGCAAAAGUCAUUGGAGGUGAUCCCAAAGGCAACAACUUUCUGUACACCAACGGAAAGUGCGUUAUCAUCAGGGACAUCAAUAACCCGGCAAUUGCAGAUGUUUACACCCAGCACGCUCAUCCAGUCAAUGUUGCCAAGUAUGCGCCCAGCGGCUAUUACAUCGCUUCAGGAGAUAUGUCGGGUAAGAUCCGGAUCUGGGACACGACCCAGAAGGAGCACCUGCUGAAGUAUGAGUACCAGCCCCUUUCAGGGCCAAUCAAGGACAUCGCCUGGACAGAGGACAACAAGCGGAUUGCUGUUGUUGGUCAGGGGCGAGGAAAGUUCACGGCAGUGUUUCUGUGGGACUCUGGUUCCUCUGUGGGAGAGAUCUCCGGACAUACAAAGCGUGUGAACAGCGUGGACAUUAAGCAGACCCGUCCAUACCGACUGGCCAGUGGCAGCGACGACGGCACCGCCGCGUUCUUCGAAGGGCCGCCCUUCAGAUGGAAGCUGCAGACGAAGGAGAACAAGGGAUUUGUGAACUGCGUCCGCUUCUCUCCGGACGGAAGUCGCUAUGCUGCAGCUGGCUCCGAUGGUAAGAUCGCAAUCUUUGACGGAAAGGACUCGGAGACGAUGAUUGCUUCUCUGGGCGGUGAUCAGGCCCACAAAGGAGGCAUCUAUGCGGUUAGCUGGAGCCCCGACAGCACCCAGUUGAUCUCAGCCUCGGGGGACAAGACCGUGAAGCUGUGGGACGUGGCUAGCAACACGGCGGUCACCACCUUCAACAUGGGCAGUGAGGUGAACGACCAGCAGCUGGGCUGCCUGUGGCAGAAUGAGCACCUGCUCAGCGUCUCCCUCUCCGGCUACAUCAACUACCUGGACAAGAACAACCCCGACCGGCCCCUACGGAUUCUCAAGGGACACAGUAAGUCAAUUCAAUGUCUGACUGUGCACACAUCAGAGGGAAGAUCCUACAUCUACACCGGCAGCCAUGACGGUCACAUCUGUUACUGGGACGCCGAGAGCGGGGAGAGCGACGGGUUCUGCGGGAAGGGCCACAGCAACCAGGUGUCUAAGAUGGCGGUGAACCAGUCUGGGCAGCUGGUCAGCUGCAGCAUGGAUGACACAGUGCGUCAAACGGGGCUAGAUAAAAAAGAUUACGGUGCUUCUGACGUGGUGAAGAUGGACGUUCAGCCCCAGUGGGUUUCUGUGGGACCAGACGGGUAUGUGGUGGUCGUCUGCAUCAACCAGCUGGUGCUGCUGAAGGAUGGGAAGCGGGUGUUCACCUUGGGCGACCUGGACUACGACCCAACAGCCGUGGCUGUCCACCCAGCCAACGGGGAUGUGGCGGUAGGAGGAUCGGACCGCAAAGUGCAUCUGUACUCCAUUCAGGGAAACACGCUGAAGGAUGAAGGGAAGACGCUGGAGACCGAAGGAGCCGUCACCGACACGGUCUACUCCCAUGACGGGGCCUUCCUGGCCGCCUCGGACGACAAGAAAGCCAUCGUUGUUUUCACCGUGGCCGAGGGAUACGCCGUGAAGGGUGAAUUUUACGCGCACCACGCAAAGGUAAUGUGUUUGGCGUGGUCCCCGGACAACGAGCACUUUGCCAGCGGGGGGAUGGACCACCUGGUCUACGUCUGGACCAUUAAUGACCCGGACAAGAGGAAUAAGAUCUCAGAUGCUCACCGGCUGCACCACAUCAGCGGCCUGGCCUGGCUGGACAAGAACACCCUGGUGACCACCUCGCACGACUCCUGCGUCAAGCAAUGGACUAUCAAAUUCUAAGCGGUGCCGGCGGCUCUUCAGAUUAGAACUGCUGUAGACCACGCGCCUACUCCUCUCUCGAUCCGUGUGUCUGUCGCUAGUCCUAAGCCCCCCCCCCCCCCCCCCCGUCCCUCUGCCGUCAUGGCGACGGGGACGGAAAACGGUUCACAUCUAAAGACGUAUGCUGUAUUUCUGAUGCUUUAGUUUGUUUAACUGUUCGCACGGAAAAGGAACACAAAAAAAUAGAAGCGCUUAACAUAAUCUCUGGAGCUUUUUAAAAUAAAUAAAGGAAAUAAAAAUGUAAAACACCCGCAAAAAAGGAAAACUUUCUAUGCUCGACAUUCCAGAGACGGCCACCUUUCCCCCCCCCGCCAUUCAAACGGGGGGGGAGAGGAGCUCCCGACUGCUCGCUUUAUUUCUAUUGAGGGAUGUGUGUUAAAAUUGAAUGGAAUGGGAUUUGAUUUUCUGCCUGGGUGCGUGACCGUGGUAUGUUUCUGUAACGUGUGGGAGGGAGGAAAGUAAAAUUAAAGUUUAUGGUGGAUAACGUGUGCAAGCCGCAUUCACUUCUCUGUAACCAUGUCUUUUGUAUCUCACUGUUUUGUUGCCUACAUUUUUUUGUUAAUGGUGAGUAUGAUUCAUAACAAUUAUAACGAUCACAUUCGUAAAAAAAUAAAACAUUAUGCAUUUCCAACUGA